GUGCCAGGAGCCGCGCAGAGCCCCGCAGAGUCGCGCAGAAAGGCAGCUCGUCCCCGUCCAGUGCCGGAGGGAGGAAGGAAGGCAGGUGUCCCCGAGCCAUGGGUACCCCCCAGGGAACGGCGAUCGGCAUCGACCUGGGCACGACCUACUCCUGCGUGGGCGUGUUCCAGCACGGCCGGGUGGAGAUCAUCGCCAACGACCAAGGCAACCGCACCACGCCGAGCUACGUGGCCUUCACGGAGAGCGAGCGGCUGGUCGGCGAUGCGGCCAAAAGCCAGGUGGCCAUGAACCCGCAGAACACCGUCUUUGACGCCAAGAGGCUGAUCGGGCGCAAGUUCUCGGACGAGGUGGUGCAGUCGGACAUGAAACACUGGCCCUUCCAGGUGGUGAGCGAGGGCGGGAAACCCAAGGUGCGGGUGUCCUACAAAGGCGAGAGCAAGGCCUUCUACCCGGAGGAGAUCUCCUCCAUGGUGCUGAGCAAGAUGAAGGAGACGGCGGAGGCCUACCUGGGGCACCCGGUGAGCAACGCGGUCAUCACGGUGCCGGCCUACUUCAACGACUCGCAGCGCCAGGCCACCAAGGACGCGGGGGCCAUCGCGGGGCUCAACGUGCUGAGGAUCAUCAACGAGCCCACGGCGGCAGCCAUCGCCUACGGGCUGGACGGGUCGGGCAGGGGGGAGCGCAACGUGCUCAUCUUCGACCUGGGGGGCGGCACCUUCGACGUGUCCAUCCUCACCAUCGACGACGGCGUCUUUGAGGUGAAGGCCACAGCCGGGGACACCCACCUGGGCGGGGAGGACUUUGACAACCGGCUGGUGAACCACUUUGUGCAAGAGUUCAAGCGCAGACACAGGAAGGACCCGAGUCAGAGCAAGCGGGCCCUGAGGAGGCUGAGGACAGCCUGUGAGCGGGCCAAGCGCACGCUGUCCUCCAGCACCCAGGCCAACGUGGAGAUCGAUUCGCUGUACGAGGGGGUGGACUUCUACACGACCAUCACCCGAGCCCGCUUUGAGGAGCUGUGCUCCGACCUCUUCCGGGAAACCCUGGAGCCCGUGGAGAAGGCCCUGCGGGACGCCAAGAUGGACAAGGGCCAGAUCCACGACGUGGUGCUGGUGGGGGGCUCCACGCGCAUCCCCAAGGUGCAGAAGCUGCUGCAGGACUUCUUCAACGGCAAGGAGCUGAACAAGAGCAUCAACCCGGACGAGGCCGUGGCCUACGGGGCGGCGGUGCAGGCGGCCGUGUUGAUGGGGGACAAGUCGGAGAAGGUGCGGGACCUGCUGCUGCUCGAUGUGGCUCCCCUGUCCCUGGGCCUGGAGACGGCAGGCGGGGUGAUGACCACCCUGAUCAAGCGAAACUCCACCAUCCCCACCAAGCAGACGCAGACCUUCACCACGUACGCGGACAACCAGCCGGGAGUCCUGAUCCAGGUGUACGAGGGGGAGCGGGCCAUGACCCGGGACAACAACCUGCUGGGACGCUUUGAGCUGUCGGGCAUCCCCCCUGCGCCGCGGGGGGUCCCCCAGGUCGAGGUCACCUUUGACAUCGACGCCAAUGGCAUCCUGAACGUCUCGGCCACGGACAAGAGCACGGGCAAGGCCAACAGGAUCACCAUCACCAACGACAAGGGCCGGCUCAGCAAGGAGGAGGUGGAGAGGAUGGUGCAGGAGGCUGAGAGGUACAAGGCCGAGGACGAGGUUCAGCGGGAGAAGGUGGCUGCCAAGAACUCCCUCGAGGCCUACGUCUUCCACCUCAAGAGCACGGUGCAAGAGGACGGCCUUCGGGACAAGAUCAAGGAAGAAGAUAGGAGGAAGGUGCUGCAGAAGUGCCAGGAGGUCCUCUCCUGGCUGGAGGGCAACCAGCUGGCCGACAAGGAGGAGUAUGAACACCAGAAGAAGGAACUGGAACGCCUGAGCCACCCCAUCAUUGCCGGGCUCUACCAGGCACCCGGGGCACCUGCUGCAGGGAGCAGCUGUGGGGCCCAGGCCAGGCAGGCCAACCCCACCCCGGGACCCACCAUUGAAGAGGUGGAUUGAGUCACACCUCCCAGCGGGGGGGGGGGGAACCUCGGAUGGGGCCUCUAGGCCUUUUCUCUGAAGGAAGGCUGCUUAUUCCUCCCCACUUUGGUCCUUUCCCUUCUGGGCCCUUAGGCCUUUGCCCCAGAGGCUUUCACGGGGACUCCUGUUCUCAGCCGGUCCUGGAAACUAGUCGUCAUCUUUUGACUUUCCUCCCUUAACCUUCCCUUUCUUCCCCAGGCAAACGUGGCCUGCACAGGUCUUCCUGCCGCUGUUCUUAUUCUCAUUCUUAUUAUAUUAUUAUGUUACAUGUAUUUUUAUAUGGCUUCUUCUGUGAAAUUGUUUCUGUUGUUUCUGUAGAGAAAGAUGGUCUUGGAAUAAAUUGUGGAAAGUAA